GAGGAGAGGUACGCUUACAUUUUCUUUUGUUGAGAACACAAGUUGGAAAAGUAUCCAGCAAUAAACUAUGUCCAUCCAAUCAUCUACUCUUGGUGUGCAUCCAUUUUCAUAAACCCCACCUUAGGCAUCAUCAUAUAUACCACCAAACAUUUUAACUAUAGUAAAAUCUCACCUCUCUUUCUCUCUCUUGUUCUCUCUCUGAUUGUGGGUGUCGGUCGUUAGUCUGUGAAGUUGAGCUUUGUCCGGUUGAGAAUGGGCAGAAAGUGCUCACAUUGUGGAAACAUAGGCCAUAAUUCAAGGACCUGUAUCAGUUACAAGGGCACCGUUGUUGGCGGACUCAGGCUCUUUGGGGUGCAACUUGACCUAUCUUCAUCUUCUAUUGCUAUGAAGAAGAGUUUUAGCAUGGAGAGCUUGCCGUCAUCAUUAGCCUCGUCACCUUCCCCAUCUUCUUCAUUAUGCUCAUCACGAGUUUCAAUGGAUGAGAAUUCUGAUAAAGCCAUGAAUGGCUAUCUCUCUGAUGGUCUUAUAGCUAGAAGCCAAGAGAGGAAGAAGGGUGAGCCUGGAAUGAAUUCUAUUCUUGUUAUCACUAUGUUUGACAUUAACAGAGUCCCAUGGACAGAGGAGGAGCAUCGGACGUUUCUAGCUGGGCUUGAGAAGCUAGGGAAGGGUGACUGGAGGGGGAUCUCUAGAAACUUUGUGACUACAAGAACUCCAACCCAAGUGGCCAGCCAUGCUCAGAAGUAUUUUCUCCGACAGGCGACCCUCAGCAAGAAGAAGCGGCGUUCAAGCCUCUUCGACAUGGUUGGGAAUAGCAACAUGGCUGGUCAACAUGUAUACAGUUUUCGUCCCAAACCGAGCGAUCACAUUCCCACACAAUACCUCAACAUAACAAGCUCUCAAUAUGAAGGUCACCAGGAAACCUCUCUGCCCCUGCAGAUAGACCUUAAUUCCUCUGGAAAAGUUAUUAAAUCAGAUAAUCCAGAAACUGACCAUUCUCAACUACCUCCAUCCCAUACCAUGCCAGUUUGGCUAUAUGGAUUGAUCGAUUCCCGACCACAGCCUGCAGCUGCAACAAAACCCGUUCCUCCAAAUGCAGUACCUGAUGAUCUAGAGCUCACACUUGCUCCUAGGCCUCGGGAUCGAAAGAAAUCAUCCCCAACUUCCCUUUUAAUUGGAGCAAUUAGUGUUGUCUAAUAAAGAAUCCUUGGAGAAGGCACAGAACUUACCAUUUGGAUACCAUUCUGAGCUCAAGCGGAUCAAAGAAACCGAUUAUUCUCUCAGAGCUGGUGUAGUUAGUAUGUUUCAACAGAGGGCUCGGUCCCUUUCUUGUUCUUUCCAAUUUGGAUUAAUGAACCUAUUGAUUAUACCAUAAUACAAGUAGCUAACAUUUAUUAGUAAAUAUAUUUACUGUUCUAUCA